AUGUCGGACAUAGAAGAUAAGCCGCAGAUGGCCAAAGGCAAAGAUACAGAAAGUGACGAUGAAGGAGAGGUCUUUCACGACGCCCGGUUUCCACCAGACGUAGAAGCUGAGCUCCUAAACCAGUCUCAUAGCCAGAAGGCCGAAGCAAACACGCUGUUUUCCACUUCCCGUUACUCCGAAGCCAUCACCACGUACGGUCGUGCCAUUUCUAUCUGCCCGAACUACCUCGACUUCGAGAUCGCCGUUUUACAGAGCAACAUUGCAGCCUGUCAUUUGAAGCUCGAAGACUGGAAGGCUGCUGUAGAUGCGGCAACCUCUAGCAUAUCAUGUCUCGAUCGACUAAUCCCGACAUCCCCGCCUACUUUACACUCCUCGUCCACGGAGAGAAGCUCCGGGGGUUCGGGGGUGGACGAACAGAGCUCAGGUGCACAGGUCGUUGAGCUACCGGACGAUGCGGACCAGGAGCAGGAGGAAGAUGUCCUCAAACGGCUAAACGAGAAUGACACGCGCAGGGAGGAUGUGAUGCGGAUACGGGGCAAGUCUCUCAUGCGGAGAGCGAAGGGGAGAAUGGCACUGGGCGGAUGGUCGAAUCUUCAGGGAGCAGAAGAGGAUUAUAAGAGCUUGCUCCAGCUCAAGGUCCUCCCUCCACACGACCAGCGAGUGGUACGGACAGCAUUACAGGAGCUGCCUGCCAGAAUAAACGAGGCAAAGGACACGGAGAUGGCUGAGAUGAUGGGGAAAUUAAAAGACUUAGGGAACGGGAUUCUAAAGCCAUUCGGUUUAUCUACGGACAAUUUCAAGUUUGUCAAGGACGAAAAGACCGGUGGCUACAGCAUGGGAUUCGAGAAAUGA